AUGGCGUGUUCCAAAAGGAUAAACCAUUCACGAAAUUCAAUGGAUUCCUGUGAUAGUCCAUCUCCAGAAGCGAAGCGACAGAGGUCAAAUAGCCCUGUGCUACUGGAUGUGAUGUCAGAAGAAACAUCAUUGCAGGAUGACCAAGCCACCUACAUCUCCAUUGAUAACGAUGUCUCUGAUUUCACUGAAGAAAUAGUUGUCACCAUAGACAAUGUUGAAGACAUUUCCCUCGUUGAUGAUUCAUUUCAAACUGCAGACAGUUUUGUUGAUCCCUUGUCACUGGUGCAGACUGCAACAUCCACACCUGGAGGCCAGCUGCCAUCAGAGGGCACUGUUGAGUGUGACAAACCUAGCUCUGUUUUUGUAUUCAAAGAUCCCAAUUUUGUUCACUCAAGCAAAGGUCCUGGAGGCAGUAAAAGAACAAGAGUGUGGAAGAACCUCAAACAGAUUAUAGCAGCAGAGAGAGCAUUGCCCUGGGGACCAGAUGAUGUUACAUAUGGUUCUAUUGAUGCUCCUCCAUCCUUCAAGCCAGCCAAGAAAUACUCUGAUAUAUCAGGUCUAGAGGCCCGUUACACAGAUCCACAGACUAAAAUGCGCUAUGCUAAUGCAGAUGAGUACAGACGAGUUCGUAUGCUGCCUGGUGACAUCAUCACUGGAUGUCUUCAUCUAAGGAAAGCAAACACAUUAGUUCCUUAG